GUACCCGCAAGGGAUGACUCAGCGAUCGACAUCGAUGGUCAUGCAGUGAAGGCGCAUGCGGGAGGCUCGCGAUGGUGUACAAGAAGAAGCGAGGUCUGUCACCCGACGAAGCUGCCAACGUCAUACAGCGAAGCUUUCGAAGUUUCAUUAAUGUGCGUAUCUAUCAGUACUAUCGAAGCCUCAUCAACUUCCGCAACCGGGGGGACCCUUCCUUGCUCCUCAAAAGCAUCAACCCGUCUGAGGCAGCCCUCGUGCAGGACAGAGCAUCUGGUGCUGUGGUCAGGUUCCGGCUGGGGGGGAGCGUGUUCCCCCCAGUGGUCUACUACAAGAUCUUCGUCAGGGCUCCAGUUACAGACCUGGGUUCAUUCGCCCCUCGCGACUACACGGCAGGCAGGCCGAACCAAUUCUACCUGCUGCAGCGGCACAAUGACGCGUUGAUGGACGACAGCCGGCAAGAGACGAUGAAGGAUGUGACGGCUCAGGUCGAUCGAGGAGGCUGGUACAAGAGGUUUGAGAACAACGGCUGGCGUCCCAUCGCCAACAAGCUCCUGUUCAACGUCGAUCCGGUCACGGCAAGGACGGCCGACCAAAAAAAACCUGACUUCCACCACUCCUGCACAACGAGAAAGCACCUGGCUCAUGCCAAGCGCCUCAAGAAGAAGAAGGAAUGGAUGUCGAGGAUGUACAGGCCGAAGGGAGAAAGUCACAAUGCGAAAGGGGAGGAGGAGGGAGAGAAUGAAGAAGAGGAGGAAGGGGUCGAGGACGAGGAUGAUCUGCGUGAGGAUUUUGACAUGGUGACUUGGGCCCAUUCGUUGGACUACGAAGACUACAUGGAAAACUGGACUUCGCUGGCAACCAGUCUGACUGUGCAUGAUAUGAGACAAGAGUUAUGAUGUCGUACUUUAAACCACAUGAUGGAUC